AUGGUUUACUGCAUCCUAUUUGUAGUGUCAUUCACUGGUAACCUGCUUAUUGUAUGGGCAACAAGCAGAGACAUUCGACUAAGAAGUACGACCAAUAUUCUGAUUGCCAACAUGGCGGUCAGUGACCUUCUCAUUCCUUUAUUCUCGGUGCCAAAACGUAUGCUAUAUAUCACCUAUUAUGACAAUAUUUGGUUGAUUGACGGUGACUUUGGACUAGCUCUUUGUAAGCUCGCACCUUACCUGCAAGACGUUUCUUUGGGUGUUUCGAUUUACAGCUGUGUGUUUAUCGCUCUUGAUCGCUUCUACGCUGUAGUUCAUCCACUCAGAGGAGGUUUGAGCAGAAGAAAACUCAAGUACAUCAUUGUAGGGAUCUGGAUGUUUUCUUUGGCCAUGUUUUCCACAUAUUUCUUUACUUUUACGCUUGUGAAGACAGGAGAUUCCACAAAAUGCAUCAUGGAUUUCACAAGAAUCGGUGUUACAACAAUCCUACACUUGAGGAUUUAUCAUUUUGUAAUGUUUGCGCUGAAUGUUGGAAUCCCAUUACCUAUCAUCUCUUUCCUCUACUUACGUAUCGUUCUCAAGCUCCGACGAACUGCAGUACCAGGACAAGCAGGGAACACUUCAUCUGUGAGGGAGCGUCAAAACAAGAAUGCCCUCAAAAUGUCCGCCGUUAUUGUCAGCCUUUUCUUCCUAAGCUUUGUACCCAUAGUAAUUGUCAUUUCUCUGUCAAUUUUUGGAAAACUUGAUAGCUUAUCACCGGCUGCAGGGAAAGAUUUACUUUUCUCAGUGGCAUUCAUUGGAGAAUCGAGUUGCUGCUUUAAUUUCUUCAUCUAUUUGGUGUUCACUAAAGUUUAUCGUCAAAAUUUCAAAAACUUGUUAUCAAAAUGCACCUGUGCCAAUCCUUGUUCCGAAAGAAUUCGCACCACAUCUUUUGCUCUUGAGAGUGUUGCACCAGUGACGGAACAGGGACAAGUCAACGUGAUUGGAAUAACCGACCUUAAUUAA